AUGGAAAUUGAGUCAGCAAAGUGUGAAUGCUGUGGCUUGAAAGAAGAUUGCACACAAGAGUACAUAACCGAUGUGAAGUCCAAGUUUAAUGGAAAAUGGCUAUGUGGAUUGUGUUCAGAAGCUGUGAGAGAUGAAGUAAUGAUUGGAGGAAAAAAACCAUGGAACAUGGAUGAAGCUGUGAAAGCUCACAUGUCAUUUUGCAGAAAAUUCAAAUCUAACCCUGCUGUUAGAGUAGCAGAAGGUAUGAGACAGAUGCUAAGAAGAAGAUCAUCAAAUGAUUCAUCAUCAUCAUCAUCAUCAUCUUCAUCAACAACAUCUUCAUCUUCUUCAAAGAAGUAUUCAAGAUCAACAAGCACUUCUCAAGUUGGAGAUUCUUCUACUUUCUCUUUCUAUUGA